AUGCUACACCGCCUCCACCACCUCAGCCUCCAUCUGCAAGCAAGAGUUAUGACCCCCUCUGGCCGAAGUCAUCAUGUAAGUCCCCGCAGACCAUCAACACCCCCUCUUCCAAGUCAAAGGCGAGGCAAUAUGACUCCACCACCCAGAAACUCUCCAAGAAGGGCAGCUCCCCAUCGAGGCCAUACACCACCUCCACCUUACGGCAGGAAGCGUUCCAGGUCUUGCAGUCCAGUUCAGUAUGUAGAGGGCUCCAACUCCACCAGCAGCAGAUAUUAUGGAGUUGCAUCAAGCUCUCGCAAAGAGGAAAAGAAGAAAAAGAAAAAGGACAAAGACAGGGAGUAUCAUUCUCAUGGAAGGAGAAGCAGAAGCAGGAGUCGCAGCCCAAGUAGAAGUCGCAGCAGAAGCCGUGGCCAAUCACCAAGGCGAAGGCGUUCAAGAAGUGGAAGUCGGAGUCCUGGACGCAGACCCGUGGUGACAGGAGCCAUAGACGAUCAUCCCCAGGACGUGGUGGUACACGACACACACCACCACGUCGCACACCACCCCGUGCUGCAGCUGAUCGCCUAGCACAUGAAAACAACA